AUAAAUAGCUAGGGACGAGUUUGUUUGGAAUCUUGAGCGAGAUCGACGAACUUUACUUUUACUCGGACUUCCGUGUUUUUUUUCGUCAACUUAAUCGAACCGUUCGUCGAAAUAUUUCGUUUGAGGGCUGAGAUCACUACAGACCUUUAAAAUGGCAACCCCAUUGCAGCAGCAGGUGCACCUGACCCUGAUUGACCCCACGCAGAGGACAGACCCAAACAUUAUCCGUCUGGCCAUUGUGAUGGCUGGCAAGGGAGGGAAGCUCUAUUGUCUCGAUCAGAGUAAACCCUUGAAUGAGAUUGUGGAGGAGGUGUGUACAGAUUAUAGCAUCAACACAAGUGUCGCCACAGAGUACGCACUUCAGUAUGCAGAGGGAGAGAAGUACAUCACAGAGGAAAACAGAAAGGAUCUUACCAAUGGAGACAUGCUCAAGCUCACCGAAUCACCUAACAAAUCAGCCCUGGACAUCUACAACAAACUUCAAUCCAGUGUCCCGGAUGAUAUUCGUCUUGCCCUGAUCAGGCUCUCUACAGCUUCCACCGACCUGACCUUUGCACAAGAUUUCAUCUCCAACCAUGGAAUAGAACUUCUCGUCAAGAUGGUGGAGGAAGGAAGCCAGAAUGGAGAGCCUCUAUCACUCACACUCAAGUCUUUUAUCGAGCUGAUGGAUCACAAUGUCAUCUCAUGGGAUUCACUUUCUGCAAACUAUGUCAAAAAGAUUGCAUCGUUUGUAAACAGAUCAAGUGGUUUGGAUUUCCAAGUCACAGAGAGAGCCUUGAAUAUCCUUGAAAGCAGCAUUCUAAACAGUACCAAGCUGUACAAUGUGAUCGCCAAUGAGAUCACUUUCCACAACAUGACUCAGCAUUUGGAAAAUGUUCAAAACCCUGGUAUCCAGCAGAACUGUCUUGCCCUGAUGAAUGCUCUCUGUCUCAAAGCUCCAGAGGAUAGGAAAAAGAGAUUUGAAGAAGCCCUGUCAGCAAGAAACAUCCGUGUCGUCAUAAUGGAGAAAAUCAUCCGCUCUCAGAACAUUGGAACAGAGAUGACGCACCAGCUUUACGUCUUCCAGCAGCUGACCUUUAACCUUCUGGAGAAGCGCAGAAUGACCCCAAUUGACACAAGUAGCGUUAAACACAGAGAAUUCAUUGAGGAGCUGAGAUCACAUGCCUUUGGUCAUGAUAUGGACUCAACAAGGGGUCCAGCUAAUGAUUACAAGAGACUGGGCUUUCAGAAUGCUGAACAUCCUAUCAAGGACUUCAUGGAGGUCCCUCCAGGUCUACUAGCCCUUGAGUGCACCACACACUUUGCCAAUGUGCACAAUGAGGAUUACACAAGGGUUGUCUUAGAGAACUGCUCUCGAGCUGACGAGCAUGAAUGCCCCUUUGCCAGAUCCAGCAUCGCUCUUACCAAAAUGCUUUGUGAGAUACUCAGAGUUGGAGAAUCACCCAAUGAGACUGGAGCUGAGUACUAUCCAAUGUUCUUCUCCUGCGAUAACUCCUUUGAGGAAUUCUUCUGUCAGUGCAUCAAGCUCUUCAACAAGACAUGGAGAGAGAUGAGAGCCUCCCUCGAAGAUUUCCCAAAGGUGAUGACGGUCGUCCAGGACCAGAUCAAGCGAGCCCUGAAGGUGAAGGAGCAGUACAAGCCAACCACCAUGGAGAACUACUGGAACAAGCUCCAGCACUUCAACUACAGCGAGAUCCUCAAGCUCAGGCACCAGGAGAGGGACAACAAGGAAGAGGGCACGUCUCAAGCUAGGCCCGUAGUAGACCUGAGGAACCAGAUCAAGCCUGAUAUGAUAGAUCUAAUCAAGCAACAGAGACUGAGGUUCCUGGUGGAAGGCACCAUGUUCAACCGCUACAACCAAAGGGGACGUGCACAAGAUCGGUUCUGGUUCUGUCGUCUCUCGCCCAACCAUAAGAUGAUCCACCAUGGAGACAUAGAGAGCCACCAAUCACCACCAAGCUAUGAAACUCUCACCAAUAAGAUUGCUGUGGCUGAUAUUCAGGAGGUCCAGACAGGGAAGGACUGCCAGCAUGUCCGCAAUGUCCGAGUUGAUGGAAGUCUAGCCUUCUCCAUCUUACAUCAUCCAGACCAUCAUCUAGACUUCAUCGCUCGCACACAAGAAAUUUUUGACAUGUGGACGGACGGUCUGAACGUGCUCCUCGGCAAGCCCAUGUUCAGCAAGCAGAAGGAGGCUGACCUGGAGGCCCUCCUGGGAAUGGAGAUGAAGAUCCGUCUCCUGGACAUGGUCAACAUCCCCAUCCCAGCCGCCGCUCCCAUCAUACCGCCCCCUCCCACAGACUACAACUUCUACUACGAACAGAUAUAAAUCAGCCUGUAUAAAGCCUCGUUUAUAGAGUGGUGAAGUGUGACAUCAUAAAAAAAACUAUUUUUUGGAAUUUCUCAAUUUUUUCUUCAUUUUCCGAAAGAGGAUAA